AGGACUGAAAACAGAUUUAGUGGAAAAACAAAACCUUGCAGUCUCAACGCGAUCGUUAAUCUAUCCUCUUCUGUAUUUACACAUUGACACUAAGUACAAACAUGAAUUCAUUUUAGGAAAUGCUGGCGCCAGAAGAAUCCAUCGAAGAGUGCAAAGAAGCAUUUUAUCUUUUCGACCGAAGGGGAGACAAGAAAGUUGAAUGUAGCCAAAUCGGAGAAGUCAUGCGGGCUCUCGGAACGAAUCCGACAGAAAGCGAAAUUUCAAAAAUUAUUCGUAAUCUGGAUACUGAUAGUACUGGUGUAAAGCGAGUUAGCUUCGAAGAAUUCUUCCCAUUUUAUCAAAAUCUGCUUGAUCGGCAAAAGAAAAGUGGAAUUGAUCCGGAGCACUUUAUCGAUUGUCUUCGAGUCUAUGAUCACAACUGCAACGGGCUCGUAAACGCCUCCGAAUUACGUCAGUUGUUACGCUGUCUGGGUGACAAGUUGACAACUGAAGAGCUUGAUCAACUUUUGCUUGGGUUCGAAGAUAGUGACGGCCUGAUUUUGUACGAGGACUUUGUGAAACACAUCAUGUCAGGAUAGAAUCACGCGCAGCUGAUCAAGAAAACAUGUCUUUUCUUCUUCCCUCGUUGAUGAACUUUAAACUUUAUAUUUGAGAUGAUAGGAACCGAAUA